AUGGAGUCCGGUGGAUUUGGCCAUGAUGGCUCGCUGGGUGAUCUGCCAACGCGUCCCAUGCGGGUCAAGAUACUUUACACCUUUGAUGCCGAGAACAAGACAACUUGUCUGGCACGAUUUCCCGAUACUCUGAACAUACCCGUCGUCGCCAUCGACGAGCAAUCUCAAGUUGGCGUCAUCGACCUCCAACAAUGUGUCCAAGCCAUGCUCUCGGCUUCUCCGGAAAUCAUGUCCAAACUCGAUACUGGCGACUUCACGGUCUACACCUUCGACUAUACCGAGCUCGACACCCCGAUCGUGGGUCAGGGUAGACUCUCGGCGUUGCUGGCUCAACCCACGUCGAGCGAAGGCAAGUCGAUGAUCACUGGACGCGUUUGCAAGAAUGUUCAAGCUAUCUUCAGUGGAGGCGUCAAGGAGAUUCUGGAGGUCAAGUUCAGGUUGACGCCGCUAUCUCGCCCGUCGCACAAUGAGAUGAUGAGGCAGUCCGAGGGCUUCCGUAGUGUGAGCCCUGCCACGUCAACUGGCUUCGAUCCAAAUGCGUGGAAUGCCUCCCAGCAAAAUAAGGCUCAGCAACAGACAAUCGACUACUUCAACUUCGAUGGCUUGAACUCAGGAAGCGACAACGGCGCAGCUCUGCUGGAAAAUAUGUUCGGCAUAGCACCCGGAAGUAGUGGCGAGUCUAGCGGACUUCAGCACUCAGGAGGCGUGGGAGUCUCUGAGACCCCGACAGACACAGCCUAUGGCUUCAACCCCGCAUUUUCUGUUCAAUCUCACAGCGCACCAGGCAGCCGAGUUGGAAGCCCGGUCAUCCAUCCUGGAUCCAGCUCCCUUAACGAUUCGCUACGUCAUCAGAGCUUUUCAGGUCAUCCAUCGAAUCUGGCGGAACAGCCCCGGCCCGAUUCACGUGCAAGUGUACGAAGUGAAACCAGUCCAUCUCACCACCAACGCCAAGCAUCUACACAAUCCUACCACGAGCAACAGACCGAACGUCAGACAGAAUUCUUGUACAACGAAGAUGGUCAACCACGCAAGCGUGCAAAGGUCAUGCAGGCAGACUGGCGUGGCAAGUCGUCGUUUGGCACGAAGACUAGAGAUCUCCGUGUCACAGCUGCGACUGCCUCGUCGAUGCACAUGCAUAGACCCAUCGCGAAGCGGCCAUCAGCGCCUGGUACUGACUUGGAGCCGCCGCCACGUGUACCCACGCCUGUGCCGCAACGCAGAAUCUUGCCCCGACCUUCGAUGCAGCCGACAACGUCACGAAGCAUGUUGAGGCAGGCGUCUACUGUUGACUCGGACUUCAUGUCUGAUGUCGACCAGAUGUCAGAUGCCAUGAGCUCGCCCGAGGGUAGCUCACCUGCGAACAGUGUCAAUGCUGAUGCCACACCGAUGGACAUCCCUUCUUCUCCCCCGCUGAUUCCUGGCUACAACCUGCCGACACCCAGUAGUCCUGGUCUGCCAACCUUACCAUCUCGAAUGUUAGAUAGUGGAUACAUGAGUGGAACGAUCAUGGAAAGCAUGGAGAACGAUGACAAUAGGAGUCCAGAUGCAGAGGACUUGGAGAUGGCAGCGAAGUACAGAGCACGCAGUCACCAGCGAGAUCCCAUCGUUAAGAUUGAGGGGGCUACGACUAGUGAUGCGCCUUUCUACUCAAUGGAGCCUGCGCCAAGUGACCCGAAUGGCAACUUGCCGUCUGGCCAGGCUCACGGCAAUCAAGGACAACAAUCGCGCCCGCUUGCACCAUUAAAACGCUCCACGACCUCAGACGUGCGCCCUCUACUUCCUCGAGGCGACAGUACUAUCAUGCAGGCGGAAGCUGCGGGUUCAAGACGCGGAUCUCUUGCACUACCUCCCAAGCCAAUAGCACGGGCGGCAUCGCAAGAGCAGAACUCCAAGGCACCAUCUAAGCAAAAACGACAACCUCUACAGCGAUCCCGCACAACCUACAACGAUUCCGAGGCCGGCUCGCCAGCGCCUAGCGAUACUGAAGGUCGUCCGCGAGGUAAUGCUCGAUCAGGGUCUGCUGUACCACGUCGCAAGCUCAUCCAAGAUCGACUUAACGCGAAGAUCAGAAACGGUGAAGUGCCAAUUUAUUGCACUCACUGCGGCGCCAUCGAGACAACCACCUGGCGGAAGAUGUACAUCAAGGUCUGUGACCGCGCGCCUGAGAAGCUGGACGAGAUCGAAGGAGAAGGCGAGACCAUCGGCAUCCAGGAAUUGGAGAAGAACCAGGAGUCUGGGGAGAUCACUAAGUUCCGAAUCCGGAAGUGCAUCAAGAAUGUCAAGGAGCAAGCGCCUGGCCCGGGUUUCGACGAGGUGAAUGUCUGCAACCCGUGCGGUUUGUGGUUCAAAAAGUUCCGCGAUAUGCGACCUGAAGACCGAUGGCAUCGAAAAGUCGUGAGGAAGUCCAAGAAGUCCAAGAACAAUGACGACAAUGCGACAGACGGCAUGGAGCCUCCUUCCGAGGCAUUCUUCACUGACCAAGUCGUGCCGGAUGAUGCUGUAGAGUCUGGGUCUGCCGAUGACGCACAAGCUGAUGCUGGAGCUGAGCAAGAAGCUCGACCUGCUCCUGCACGCCGCCCGCGAGCCCAUAGUAUGGAGCUCGGACGUGGAGGUGGCGAUGGCAAGCCUGGGGCUGCACGUCAGGCUGCCGCCAUGAGACGCGAGAUCCAGUCGAGUCCAGUCCACUUUGGCUCCCAGCGUAGCCCGAUCGAGCUGGAUCUUACACCGGCAAAGCCAACAAGACGUCUCCUGUUCCCGUCACCGAGACAAAGCGGUGAGGUGAGGAAUUUGGAUACGUGCCUAGACAGCAGACCAGCUUCACGAUCAGGUGAAGACGACCCCGUCCAGAAGCCCGAUGUCAAGAUUGUCACCACGGAGGAGACCACCUUGAAUGUUUACAAGGCCUUCACGUACGACAAGGAGAAUAUGGCUCCUCUGCUCGAGGAGAACGAUGAUUUGUCCCACCUUUUCGACGGGUCGCCAAGUGCGGUCUUCAAGACUCCACUUCCCAAGACACCAUCGAAAAGCACCCCACGUUCGCAGAAGCAUUUCAACGAUCUUUUGAAGACACCAACACAAAGCAGCCGCAAGCGAAAGCCGCUGACACCCAGCCAGAACGCUGCGAACAACGCCGACAUGAACCUGAACGCUAACGACUUUAUGACUUCUCCGACCUCGAACCGUUACUUCCUUCGCUCUACGCCCAGCAGACUUGAGAGGACUCCAGGCAGCCGCAGUGUCAGCGGUGGCAGUCAGACACAAUUGGCUGAGCCAUCUCCAUUCUCUCGGCAUCUUGCUGCAAUGCUCAGUGAUGCUAACGGUAUGGGUGAUGCUACUUUCACGAGUCCCAGCAGACAGUACGACUUCAGCGAUCUACCGACGUUCAAUACGCCGGGUCGUGAGGUGGACUGGAAGGGGUUAGAUGAGAUUUUGAGUAGCGAAUUUGCUAACUUUGAUGAUGGGAAUGGGGUGAGCUUCGAUAGUGAGGCUGCCACUGGUGAGCAGGUUUGA